AUGCCGUUAGCACAGUUCGGCGAACCUUUCGGUAUAACACCAGCCGCCGUCGAAAAUGUAUCACCAGGAGUUAUGCUAAAGACAAAUGAUGUGAGUUUUUCAAUGAAUCUUCGUAAAACAUAGGGAUUUUCGCGGAGAAAAUCCAGAAAAAUCAAAAAUUUCAACCCCAAAUGCUAUUUUAGUCUACGCGACUCCUCCCUUUAGCCUCUUUAUUUGCUCAUAUGUUCAAAAAAAUCCGAGCUCCAAAUACUUUCAUUUUCCAAAAAAAGAAAUAGUAUUGUGAGAUGACUUUUGAUUUUUUGGAGCUGCGCGAGAUUUUAAAAUUUUUAAAGGUUCGUUCAUUUUCAGUGAGAAAUUUUAAAGAAUCUUGCAAUUUUUUCUAACAAUUUCAGAAAUUUAUCUGAUUUCUCAAGUGUCUCUUCUUUUUAAGCUGAAAACCCAUGAUUUUCGACAAGAGUUCUUGAAAUUUUUAAAGAAAAAAACGAGAAAUAACUUCCGUCAAAAUCAAAUUUUCGACCCAUUUUCACCCGCUCUCAAAACAAAAAAUAUGGGAAAUUUUGAACAAAUACAGCUGCUUCCCGAAAAAACUUGGAUUUUCCGGUCUGUUUACUUUCUCCUUCUUCGUUUUGGUUUUGAGACUAAAAAUAUCUGAAGGGGAACUAGAAUUUGUUUCGAAGAGAGACAAAAAAUGACAAUUUUAUUAUUCAUUGAAAAUGUGUGAAACGCUCAAAAAUUUGAUCUAUUUUUUGCAUUCUUGUGGUGUGAGUUUUGGUUUUGUUUUAUUCGGAUAUAAAGGAGAAGUGUUUCUAUAGAUGAUUGCCUAAAAUCAGGAGUUUUUAGAAAGGGAUGAAAAUCUGAAAUAUCGCGUCGGAAAUUGUUUUUUGUAUUAAAACUACAAAAACUAUUUACGUCAAGAAAAAUCUGCCUAAACUUUGGAAAUUCAGUUUUUCUGGCUUGAAACUCGGCAGAAUCUGAAAAUUAAUAAGUCUAGCGCAGGCAAAUCUAUCGCUAAUGUUUCUGGCACCCCAAAAAAUAGAGAGCCCAACCCCUAAAAAAAAAGUUAAUUAACCAAAAAAGACGACGAAUAGAGACCCUCACGUCAUUUCUUCUAUCCUUUUUCCCUUUCCUUUUCUUGUUUUCUAUCGAUAUAGAAAAUUAUAACGCCAAUUUCGGCGACAAAAACGUAUUGUGAAGUGAAGUACUGUGCUAAUUUUUAGGUCUCGAUGCGAUCCGAUGAAUCGACGACGAAUUUUGCGGAUAAGGUAAGCAAAUAUGGACUAGAAAUUCAAAUUUCUCGGAUUUCUAGGCCAUCAUCUAUUUUUCUUUUCUUCUUUUUUCAAGCACCUGUUCUUUCAAAGUGUUAGUUUUAUUUUUUUUUUGAAAAAAAAAACAAAAAAGAUUUUUGGGAUCAUAUGUUGUUCUUCUUUUUGCUUCUUCUUUUCUAUUCCCAAUUGCCAAAAAAUAGAAAUUUUCUUGCCAAAAUCACGUCACUUUGUAUUCUUAUUUUGGUUCGGCUCUUUCUCAAAACCACGCCCACAAUUUUUUCCAGCUAUUUUUGGUUUUUUUUUGGAAAAUAAGAAGAAAAAGAAGAAAUUUUCAAUAGAAAGUAUCCAUUUUUUCAUACGUUUCAAUGAUUUUUCUUUGAAUUUUUUCUGGUUUCAUCGAAUUUUUUUGAAAGUUUAUACGUGCAACUCAGAAAUGUUUUUGUACGGCGACAGUCUGUUUGGUGUGCGUGUUCUGAACUAUCAUCGUACAGGAACGCGUCCAAGCGGAGUAUUGGCACAUGUUCAGUACAGUCUUCGUACACAGAUCGUUCAGUACCCGCACAACGCUGCUAGGCUCUCAGAAAUGGGGUAUCGAAAAAAGACAGGACAGGUACAGCAGGACGACGUGAGAGCGAGGAAAGAGAGACAGUACGCGUACAAACUUAAGAAUUUAUUCAUUAAAAAACCAGUGACAAAGUAUAGACAUCACUCGUACAAUUAUUAGACGGUGGUGAGAUGUGGUGGAGUUGUGAUUUUGGCACUUAUCCAAAGCGAAUUUCGAAACUUUUCGAAAAUAAUUGAACCAUCUUCGUUCCAUUUUCAUCAGUUUCGCACUGUUUAUCCAUUGCUGAAGUGAAGAUGAAUUGAUGAAGUAGAUAGAAUCAUAGGUAUCUGCAAUUUAAUAACGGUAAUAACUCGAUAUGUAUCCAAAACUAAAAACUCACUUUUGAAACCAGAAAAUAUUUGAAGUUGGAGCGGCAGAGCAAUUUAAUCGAUUUCGACGUGGCACGGCUUCCAUGUUGAUGCAGUCGAGUGCUCCGGCUUAAAAUUAGUUCUAUGAAAAUCGAGAAAAAAACAAUUUCGAAGCGUGGAAUUUCACAAUAAUCACAAUGAAAACGAGAAUCAAUUCAGAAUUUAGUUUCACAAUUCUAAGUUUAUUAUUUUUUUCUAUUUUGAUACAACAAAAUAACAAAACUUAUAAUUCAAACUUGAAAAAGGAAAGAAAAACGAUGAAAUCCCAAAAAAACGAGAAUGAAAAAUGAAUGUCUCCAUCAUUGGGAUAACCGAUCGUGACAAGACCCAUAUAAAUUUCAUCGCAGCUAGUAGACAGAAUACGAACAAAAUGCAAUUCACGCAGCGAGGUAUGCUAUACAGUACUGGUACAAACAUGAUUGUUAAUGUACGUGUCCUGUCUUUCUUUUCCACUUGGUCUUUUUUCAUUGACUCGGAGAAAAAUGAAUUCCAAGGCAUAAAUCUUUCAGUGCCCGCACAGCGAUCAGACAGAACUCGAACAAUGUGCUUAAAAAGUUCUGUCCCCCUACAAAAAAUUUUCUGAGAAUCUAUCUUUCUGGUUUGAAAAAAAUCCACGUGGACUAUUUAUUUGAGUACUGUAGAUUACUUGAGUUACAGUCACCAGAUUUCAAAAAAAAGAAAACCGAAUGUUCAAUUAAAUUUCGGCACGUUUACGUGAAAAAUCCAACAGAAAUGAAUCAUUUAAAAUUUUAUUUUUUCUGAAAAAUGGCUGGAUUUCAAGUGAAGUGAGUUUCAUAGAAAAAAACUAUGUUACUGUAGGUUAUGUCUAUUUUACUGUAGAUGAUCCCCAAGUUCUGCAAAUUUGCCUUAUUUCUUUUUGCCAGAAAUUCUUUAAAUGUUUGCAGAGUGACCUGGCCUCGCUAGAACACGAAAUCGACAUCGGCGACGUUCGAAAAUGCGGCGAAAAAGCCGAUCCGCGACAGUUCGAACUACUCAAAGUGCUCGGCCAAGGAUCAUUCGGCAAAGUAUUUCUGGUGCGAAAAGUUCGCGGACGCGACGCGGGACAAGUUUAUGCAAUGAAAGUGCUCAAAAAGGCGACACUAAAAGUGCGCGAUCGACAACGAACUAAAUUGGAGCGAAAUAUUCUCGCACAUAUUUCACAUCCUUUUAUCGUCAAAUUGCAUUAUGCAUUCCAAACCGAAGGAAAAUUAUAUUUGAUUCUGGAUUUUUUACGAGGCGGUGAUUUAUUUACACGAUUAUCCAAAGAAGUUAUGUUCACUGAAGAUGAUGUCAAAUUUUAUUUGGCUGAAUUGACGCUGGCAUUAGAACAUUUGCAUAGUUUAGGAAUUGUUUAUAGAGAUUUGAAACCGGAAAAGUGAGUUUUUAAAUGGAGAUACAUGUAUAAAAUAAAAUAGAAAAAAUGACAAAAAAUUGACAAUUCGAUUUUCAUUAAAAAUUUGUCAUGUGGUUUAUAGUCUCGCCACGUUUAUUUAAUAUUUUUAGAGCCAAAAUAAUUUACUCAAAUCUCAAUUUUUGCAUUUUCCAGUAUUCUCCUCGAUUCGGAUGGCCAUAUAAAAGUGACAGAUUUCGGGCUGAGUAAAGAAGCGAUUGACAGCGAAAAAAAAACAUAUAGUUUUUGUGGAACUGUCGAAUAUAUGGCACCCGAAGUAAUUAAUCGAAGAGGACAUUCGAUGGCUGCUGAUUUUUGGUCACUUGGUGUACUUAUGGUGAGAAAAUAUCGAAAUAUUGUCAAAAUUUGUAGAAAAAACUCUUUUGAAAUAGACCUCACUAUAAUUUUCCACCUAAUAUACUUUUUUUUGCAGUUUGAAAUGCUCACUGGACAUUUACCAUUUCAAGGAAGAGAUCGAAAUGACACAAUGAAUCAGAUACUAAAGUGAGUUAUUGUUUUUCCUUUCAUGUAUGAUUGUUUUUAUAAUUUUUCAGAGCCAAACUCUCAAUGCCACAUUUUCUGACACCAGAAGCUCAAUCGCUACUUCGCGCACUUUUCAAACGAAAUGCUCAAAAUCGUCUGGGAGCUGGACCUGAAGGAGUUCAGGAGAUCAAAAAACAUGCAUUCUUCUCGAAAAUCAAUUUCACCAGAUUAUUGAACAAAGAAAUCGAUCCUCCUUUCAAACCUGCUUUAGCUACUAUUGAUAGUACACUGUAUUUUGAUCCGGAAUUCACGAAAAGGACUCCGAAAGGUGAAGAGUUUUGGAUUUUUCGCGAUAUUUUUUAAACCCCUAAUUUCUUCAGAUUCUCCCGCGCUUCCCGCUUCCGCAAAUGGUCACGAAAUAUUCCGUGGUUUCUCGUUUGUCUCAAAUGCCGUAGCCGCUGAAAAAGCCGCUGAAAAAGCUGCUGCAAAAGCCACAGUAACCCGAUCGAUUCCAACUGCCAAAACACAUCCAUUCACCGAUGAUUAUGAAAUUCAAGAACAAAUUGGACGAGGUGCUCAUUCUGUAGUUCAUAAAUGUGCAAUGAAAGCGACGCGACGAAAAUAUGCGGUGAAAAUUGUGAAAAAAUCAUCGGUUUGUGAUGCGACUGAGGAAGUUGAUAUUUUAUUGCGGCAUUCGCAUCAUCAAUUUAUUGUUAAGGUGAGAGAUUUUGAGGAGACACAAAAAUCUGCCACGUGGAUUCGAAAUCUGGUUCCAAGAAUGUUUUUCAAAAUAUUUUUAUAAGUAUCACUUUGGUGAAAAAAGUUUUCCAUAUUAAUUUAGAUAAAGGGUUUAGGGUAUUUAGUUUAAGUUUGGAGGAUAUUUAAAGGUUUUGGGGUUUUCUAAAUGAAUAUAUCUUUUAAAAGUGUUUCCACGUAAAAUUGUAAUCUGAAAUUUUGUCCUGAAAAUAUCAGAUCGAACGGGCCUUUCAAAAAAUGAUAUGUUCUAAAAUUAUAUAGGAAUUCUCAUUCUACUUUAAUUAUUUUCUUUUCUUUUCAGCUUUUCGAUGUUUACGAAGAUGACAAUGCGAUUUAUAUGGUCGAAGAACUAUGUGAAGGCGGUGAAUUGUUGGAUCGAUUGGUCAAUAAAAAAUCUCUAUUAGGAAGCGAAAAGGAAAUUGCUCAAAUUAUGGCGAAUUUGUUGUAUUCGGUGCAAUAUUUGCAUUCACAUCAGGUAAUUUUUGAGUUGAAAGGCUGAAUUUUAAAUGAUUUUUCAUCCAAAUUGGGAUAUUUUCACCUCAAAAACCUCCUGAAUACUCGCAGGUUGCUCAUCGUGAUCUCACAGCUUCCAAUAUUUUGUUCGCCUCAAAAGAUGGUGAUCCAUCGUCUCUGCGAAUUGUCGAUUUUGGUUUUGCAAAACAGUCGCGAGCGGAAAAUGGAAUGUUGAUGACACCGUGUUAUACUGCACAGUUUGUGAGUUUUUUGUGGGAAAUUCGAAAUUUUCAAAGUAUUAUAGCGUUUUUAACGGAAACUUAUUUUUCCAUGUGGAUUUUUAGUGCAAAAUCAAACUUUUUUUUUUGGAAAAUUACAUUUCGAAAAUUUUAGUCCACGUCUCUUUUUUUGUUUAAAUUCAUGCUUAAGCUUAAGUUUUGAAACUUUUACCAAUAGUUUCUAAAAAAAAAUUAAAAAAUUUAGAACUUCAAGAAAUAAAGAGACAUUUCGAAUCAGCUCAACGUAUUCUUAUUUCAGGUUGCUCCAGAAGUGCUCCGAAAACAAGGUUACGAUCGUUCUUGUGAUGUUUGGUCUCUUGGUGUAAUACUUCACACAAUGCUCACUGGUCGAACUCCUUUUUCAACAGGUCCAAACGACACUCCGGAUCAAAUCCUCAAACGCGUCGGCGAUGGAAAAAUCGAGAAAAAUCAAGAACUUUGGCGCGGUGUUUCGGAUGAGGCAAAAGAUUUGGUUCGAAAAAUGUUGGAAGUGGAUCCAAAACGGCGUGUUACUGCCAAACAAGCAUUGCAACAUCCAUGGAUUUGGCACAAGGAAACACUUUCGGAUGAUCCGAUUGAAGUGAUGGAUAAAGUUGAAGAUACGUUGAAAGAGGAGCUGAAUAUUGUGCUGAAAGCGAAACAAUCAGCACCGAGUGUUGAAUUGCGACCUGUUGGAUCUUCGGCGUUGGCAAAGCGGCGAUUGAUUUUGGGUGGUGGAGCAGCGAAUCUUGGAGUGACGACGAGCAUUUUGUCCAAUGCUUAGGUGAGUAUUCGACGUUUUUUUGUUUUUGGCCAUGAAAAUGUGAAGAUUAGAUUUCCACGUUGCAAGUUACGUCCAAAAAUGUCACAUUUUUCAGGUUACCAAUCUUCGCACAUUUUGUAA